AGCAGCCGGGAUCUCGACCGGCCCCGUUUUCCCUUUGCUUUCCCGGUGUCGCUUCCAGCAGCCGAUCAAUCUCGGCUGACUGCGGGCGCUGCUGCGGGUUCCUCUCCCUCCCGCCCAAUCCUUCCAUUCCUCUUUGUUUCUCCCGUUGUUGCAGCCUGGGGGCACAUGGCAUGUCUGAUGGCUGCUUUCUCCUUGGGCGCCGUUCUGAAUGCCAGUAAUUCUUCAUCUACUAUGCCUGAGCCAAAGUCAAUAUGUGUUUCAGUAGAUGAGGUGGUUUCUGGAGGUACAGACACACAAGAGAUUCAUUUGCUCAAUGGCCAUUUAAAGAAGAUGGACAAUGUUUUGACUGAAGCCCAUCAUUUCUCCUACCUUCCUCGAAGACCAGCUGUGAACAUUGAAUUUAAAGACCUCUCCUAUGCUAUACCAGAAGGACCAUGGUGGAACAAGAAGGGUUUCAAGACUUUGCUGAAAGGAAUUUCUGGAAAGUUUAGUAGUGGUGAGCUGGUGGCAAUUAUGGGUCCUUCUGGAGCUGGGAAGUCAACACUUAUGAAUCUUCUGGCAGGAUAUAGGGAAACUGGGAUGAAAGGAGAAAUUCUUAUCAAUGGGCAACAUCGUGAUUUGCGUUCUUUCCGCAAAGUGUCAUGUUACAUUAUGCAAGAUGACAUGCUGCUUCCACAUCUUACUGUCCAGGAAGCUAUGAUGGUGUCUGCCCACCUAAAACUUCAAGAAAAAGAUGAAGGCAGGAGAGAAAUGGUGAAUGAGAUCCUGACAGCUUUGGGUUUGCUAUCGUGUGCCAGUACUCGUACUGGAAGCCUUUCAGGGGGGCAGAGAAAGCGUCUUGCGAUUGCUUUGGAACUGGUGAACAAUCCACCAGUUAUGUUUUUUGAUGAACCUACCAGUGGCCUGGACAGUGCAUCUUGCUUUCAAGUUGUCUCUCUGAUGAAGGCUUUAGCCCAGGGUGGCCGGUCCAUCAUCUGCACUAUCCAUCAGCCCAGUGCCAAACUCUUUGAACUUUUCGAUCAGCUCUAUGUCUUGAGCCAAGGGCAAUGCAUUUACCGUGGGAAAGUAUUAAAUUUAGUCCCUUAUUUGAGAGAUUUGGGUUUAAAUUGUCCAACAUAUCACAAUCCAGCAGAUUAUGUGAUGGAGGUCGCCUCUGGUGAAUAUGGGGAUCAGAAUAGCAGGCUUGUAAGAGCUGUGCAAGAGGGAAUGUGUGAUGCAGAUUACAAGAGAAACUCUGGAGGAGAAAAUGAACUUAACCCUUUUUUAUGGCACAAACCAUCAGAGGAGGAUUCUUCAUCAAUGGAAGGCUGUCACAGCUUCUCAGCCAGCUGUCUUACUCAGUUUUGCAUUCUGUUUAAAAGAACUUUUCUCACCAUAAUGAGGGAUUCGGUCCUGACACAUCUGCGGGUAACAUCUCACAUUGGAAUUGGACUUCUGAUAGGCUUGCUGUAUUUGGGGAUUGGAAAUGAAGCAAAGAAAGUCCUGAGCAAUUCUGGCUUCCUCUUUUUUUCCAUGUUGUUUCUUAUGUUUGCUGCUCUCAUGCCAACGGUGCUUACAUUUCCUCUUGAAAUGGGAGUAUUUCUUAGAGAACAUCUGAAUUAUUGGUACAGUUUGAAGGCUUAUUACUUGGCUAAAACUAUGGCUGAUGUCCCUUUUCAGAUUAUGUUUCCGGUGGCUUACUGCAGCAUUGUGUAUUGGAUGACAGCACAGCCCUCUGAUGCCCUGCGAUUUCUCCUGUUUGCAGCAUUGGGGACCAUGACAUCACUUGUUGCUCAGUCCCUUGGACUUCUGAUUGGAGCAGCAUCCACUUCACUUCAGGUGGCAACAUUUGUUGGUCCUGUUACAGCAAUCCCAGUUCUUCUCUUCUCAGGCUUCUUUGUCAGUUUUGAUACCAUUCCUGCUUAUCUCCAGUGGAUGUCCUAUAUCUCUUAUGUCAGGUAUGGAUUUGAAGGUGUCAUUCUUUCCAUCUAUGGUUUGGAUCGAGAAGAUCUUCAUUGUGACAAAGAUGACACUUGCCAUUUUCAGAAGUCAGAGGCUAUCCUCAAAGAAUUGGAUGUAGAAAAUGCUAAACUUUAUUUGGACUUUAUUGUGCUUGGAAUUUUCUUCAUCUCCUUACGUCUCAUUGCCUAUUUUGUUCUCAGAUACAAAAUCCGAGCAGAGAGAUAGAGAACAAAUGUAAUAACAUGAACUUCUAGACUGUUGCUCUUUGGUUGUGGCUGAUGAGUUUUCAAAGCUCGGUUGCAAAUCAUGUUGUCUUCUGGCCCCUAGAAGAACUAAAAUGGAAACUUGUUUCAGUUUUGAAAAAUGCCACUGCUGAUCCCAAGAGUUUCCUCUCCUGGAAAAUGUAUUUCUUCUAAGGUAACUGUAGAUCUGGCAACUAGAAUGAGAAUGUCUAUCUUUUAUUAUAAGGGAAAAACAUGAAAUAUUGUGUCAUCACUUCUUGCUGCAUCUUACAUGUGUUUUUCCCACAAGAAAUUCCACAGAAGUUACACGUUUUUUCCAGUUGUAUGAAAAGGUGCUCUUUAAAUCGAAUGUUUAAAAAUAAAGUGAGAAAUCUGAUAUUGGUUCUCCUUAAUACCCAGCUUUGGAGCUUUAAUCAUAUGAGCUGGUCUCAUGUACCAAAUUUUGAAUAGUGUAUCCUAUUACAGUGAAUGAUGUAGAAGAAUUUGAAAAUCAAGAUGCAUACCUAGCUCCUUUCUCCUAGCAUUCAGUUUUUGUAGUGUCUUUUCAGUUUCAGUUUCUUGUGGAAUUUCAAAUAUUCAUUGUCUGUUUUAUCUAUUUUCUGUGAAUGCAAAACCCAAAACAGAGCAAAAUGGAAACCAAUCUCAAAGCCUAUUUGAAUACUCUAGCAUGAUUUUAAUAACACAUAUUCUAAAAAGAGUAAGGAUGCCUAUAGUUUGGUGUUUGGUAUGAUGAAUGCUUAAGGACUUACCGUAGUUAAAAAGGCCUCAGUGAAAUGUAUGUGCCCUGCCCAGCAAUAUACAUAAUACUGUGUACAAAAGAAUACUAUUAUUGUAGUUUCACCAAUUAUGACUUUCUCAAAAAGAAAUUCAAAUCAUGCUAUUUUCACAUUCCAGCAAAGCUAGGUGAUUCCAAACCCAUUCAUAGACAGUUUUUUUUUCCCUCACUCACUUUUUACUGUAUUCCAACCAAAUUUAUCUAAACAGUUUUUGUUACCAGUUUGGCAUCUAAUUUGACAACUGAGAUGUGUAAACUGAUGCCGAUUACUAGAAGUGCCUACAUUCUGAUUUCAAAUACUAGCUGUACAUAGCACUUUGUCUCAGAACAUUAUUUGAUAAAAUUAACAUUAUAGGAAAAAAGACUAGAACUCUGGGCCAGUCUUAUCUACCUCAGUGCAAUGGAUUCAGGUUGAUUUAUUAGAAAAACCAAUUAAGCUGUUUUCAAUCCAAAACAGAUUUCAAGUUGUAUGUUCAGAAACCAGAUCAAAUGGCUGUUUCCACCAGGGGCUGUUGUUGAAUGGAUACAAAAUCACCCAAGCCAGAUCUCCAGAGUUAACUAGAGCAUCAAAGCAAAACAAAUAGAAAUUGAAACAAAAACAAGACAAUAAAUUUGAAGAUAAAUUUGUUUUAUCCAUAUUGUAAGAUUUGCCCCUUCCACAGUUCUCCUAGUAGUACAUGUUCCUGAAGUGCAUAGUUUAUAUUGCCAGAAAACAAUCAAGUAAUUAGGAUUUUAUGCAUUGGCAAAGCCAAAGUCCUUCUCUCUCCAUAAUCCUAGUUUUCUAGUCUUAACUUUAGAGUAAAAAAUAAAAACAGACACUGUUCUUUAAAUUAGCAUGCAACUUAGUCCGGACGUAUCACAGGAUUCAAAUCUGCACCACUAAUUAGGUACUUGUAAGUUUGUAUCCAGAAACCAUUAAAAACUUACUUUGUAAAUUAACAACAGAUAUGUAACAACAUUUGUGAUUAGAACAGGCAACCUCCAAGAAUAUAAUUAUGUAUCUUCAACAAGAAAUUCUCUGAAGACCACUAGAUUAAGGAAAGUGGGGAGGAAGCCAAAUGGUGGGUUUUUCAAAUAAGAUCCACCCUUUGAGUAAUCUAAAACCCUGUAAUCAAUUUGCAAUGGUUAUAAACCUUUGAGUUGGCCAUCUCCACAUUUUUCCAUCACAUUAUAAAACAGGUGGAAGGAAACUGGUUUAUGUUGGGACUAAAUAUGAAAUCCUUAAUACUUGUUUUUAUGUCCAGUGUGAUGUAUCCAUUUUGGAUAAUGUAAUCAUUUCCACAUUUUGAUACUAUAUGGGAUCAACUCACUAAUAAAUUCCUAAUUCUUUUGAAAAAUAAAGAAUACAAUCCACAUUAAGCCCCAUUAAGUUCUGUUGAUGUUAGUUAAACUUGGCCAGUUUAACUUGAUCAUUUUGUUUCUAAGAAAUUAUUAGAGAAUUUGUUAACAUGCCAGGGUUGUCUAAUAUAUCAAAAUUAAAAAUACAGCUGUCCUAGAUACUGCAGUUCUAUUCUUAAACCAAAAUUAUAAUUGAUAUGAUAUUUCCACAAUGAAGAAAAUUCUGUUACAAAUUGUAAAUCUACAUGAAUUAUUUUCAGCAGUGGAAACUGGAAGAAAUUACUGUGAGAAAGAAGUAAACAAAAAGUUCAUGCAACACACUAAACUACAAAUUAGCUAAUCACAGUUUAGGUUAAGGCAUCAUGAAAUUCCAGUCUGUGCAGCUAGUUUAUGAUUCACUGUGUUAUACGAAUCCAGAAAAUUGGAUCAAUGGGGUAAAUAUUAUUCUAAUAAACAAACUUAAGCAUGUCAUGCAAAUAUAGCCAUUUGGUUUAUUGCAUUUUUACGUGAAACUUGCUUUUUUAAGAAAUAUCAGAACAAUGAUAUAUAAAGAUCAUGAAACUUUUCAGUUAAUGUGCAUGUUCUAAGUUUCAUGCUAUACAUAUCCUGCUUUUCUUUUAGGAAGUAUAUUCUACUGAGCUCCAUGCCUAAGUAUGCUGAAAUUUUACUAAACCCCUGCUCCAAAAACAGCCCAACAAAAUUUCUUAUUUGUAGUUUUAAAACAAAUAAUAGAUUAUUAUUAUCUGAGGCAUUUUUAAUGGUGAGAAAGGAAUAACAGUUAUCACUUGUAUGUGAGUGUCAAUGUGACAGUAUAUUUGACAUCUUUUGUUUUUAAAUUAUACCUUCUGUGCAGUGUAGAUUCCUAGUUGUGGUGAGUUGUUGCCCUAAAAACCUAUUUACUUAUUUAAGACAUUUAUGCAUAUGUGUGGUUUUCCUCUUUCCUUUUCUUUUUUUUUUAAGAAAAGCAAAAGUCAAUGCAAGUAAUUUCAAAACCUCAGCGUGCUAAAGAGUGCAUUUACCGUAUAAUAACAGUUCUUCUGUCUUGGUUGUGUAAUGCACAGUGCAUUACUUUGAAUUCCUGUUGGUUUUGCUAUUCUAGAGAUUGCUGCUGCUUGCACGCUGUGAUACAUUUGCACUGUUGUAGAUACAUGUAAACAUUGUCUUUUUUCCAGGUGGCUUGUUUAUCUUUUAUAGUUCUGAUGAUAAUAACUAACUGAACUACGAGUACUUUGAUUCAUGUAUUAGAAGAUUUAGGAUGUUGGGCAUUCUAAUUCUGUAUUUUGCAUAAACUAACAAAAUGCUUUGUAUAUUUCUGACUGUAUAGUUGAUUUCCUGUAGAAUAUUUGUAUGUGCAUUAUUUUCCAGGUUAGAGCUCAUUUUCUGAAAAUGGAGAACCCUUAUGAUAAUGCAACAAAGGAAUAAUUAAAUAAAAGCAUUGAUAUUUUCAUACUGCUGUCUUUGUCCUGUUUCAGUGAGACUUCAGUUUUCAGCUUUUGAAGCUUUCUUUAUCCCAGUAUUAAAUAC